UACACACAAAAAAAGAGAAACGCUUAUAAGAUUAACCCACAAACCGGUGUUUAUGGAAAUGUAAACAUUGAUGUGCCCAAACUUUAUGGACAACUCAAACUUAUUGCUCAUAAGGAUGGUAAAAAGGUAUAUGAAAAGCAAGUGGACUUUGAUACACAUGAUCUGCUCACAAAGAGAUUCAACAGCAAAAAGAAGUAUUCGCCAUUAUCAAAAAUGGUAUUUGAUGAAUUCAACAGAAUAAGUGAUAUUCCAAUUCACCGAACAAGUAAUAAAUACAAAAAAAUCGGCUCGAGUGUUGUUUAUUAUAAUAAUGCAGCCGACCUUUUGGACAGACUGGAAUUGUUAGGCGGAUCAAUACUGGCUUGAAAUAAUGGUGUCAAAAGUGAAUUUUCCAAGAUUGCCCAUACACUGAACAAAUUAGGCGUUCUAAAUAACAACCAGCUUAAUAAUCUGUUGAAAGAAUAUAUACUCCAAUAACAUAUAAUCUAAUAAUAUAACCUAAUAAUAUAAUGCAAUAAAGAGCUAUCCAUAUUUCAUCUGUUGAUAGAAAGAAAAUCGGAAAAAUAAAGCAGAGAAUUUUAUAAUCGAAUUCGAUCCAGUUUUAAAACUCCAGAGUAGUAUGACACAUGAAUUGGCAUUGGACAAGGUUAGUAUGACUUACAGUUGGCACAAUAUUUCAGAUCAGUAUAAAAAUAAUAAUAUAAAAUACUCACCUGGUGGAGGAAAUUCAUGGGAAACACUUAAUCAGACCUAAAUGAUUAUCUUCAUAAGUACAUGAAAAAAGAAGAAGGGAAAAAGAAGGGCCAUAAAACUAUUGAUGCAAAAAAAGAUGAUGCGUAUUACAUAAACCUAACAUUCGUAUUGUCAACAUACAAGAUUCACAUUCAGAUUCGACAACAAUUACCAACUGGAUCUUAGAAACAGUAAAUUUGGCGAGUUAAUUGGAUUUAUAGAGAAAAUUGUGAACAAAAACAGAAUAUGGAGAUGGUAAUCUUCCCAAUGUCACAAAUUCCAUUAAUUACAAACAGCAUUUUGAACGGUGUUAACACAAAUACGCUAGCCGUUAUCGCAACUGAUAAUUUGACGAGAAGUUUUCCAUUCACAUUUGAACCCAGAAGACUAUUGUUUAAUGAAGUUUCGCAACUAAAUAUUAGUCAAAUGAGAUUAUACAUUACAGAUUCACUAGGACGACCAAUUGGGUUAAAUAAGAUUGAUUGGUUUAUGUCCUUAAUAUUGCGUUCUAAACCAGUAUAAUAUAACCUAAUAAUAUAAAUGAAACAAUCAGAAUUCAAGAGACGUUACGAUGUUAAAAUGGGAAGAUAUGUUAAGAAGCAUAUUUAUGGAGAAGGUGUUACCGAUGUUUUCAAAACGAUUGGUAGAAAGUUGUUUGGUAAGACGGUAAAAGAAGCUGCUAAAACAGCAACCAAAAAAGAAGUUCAGACUGCUGCUACUAAGACUGGUGAAUACGUGGGCGAGAAGGCCGGCGAUAAAAUUAUUCAGUUAUUAAGCAAAAAGAAUAAAACACAAAAACACCAAUAGCGGCAUCGCCAAUAGAAAAUCCACAAACAAGAGAAUUAAUCGAUUUUGAGAUCAAUGAAAGAGUACAUCAAUUAUUACCCGGAGGCCGGAUGGGAAGAUUUAUCUAAUCUAUUAGUACAUGAAAUCUUUUAGGACCCAAAAUAUGUGGAAAGAUAGGAAGAUGUUAUUUUUGACCUAGAAACAGCGUUAAAUACAACUGUCGCCAAUAAUGCUAAUAAGAAAAAAGAUGGUUAUAGAUUUGUUAUUGAUAACAGCGGAGAGGUUACACCAUUUGAUUGGUACAAUGCUCGAAUCAGUCUUGAUUUCAAAGUAAAUUUGCUGGCUAAUGGUGGUAACAUUGCAUUAGCAGAUCAUAAUGGUAUUGUAAAUGGGUCUUACUCAUUUUUGAAACAGUUUGAUAUUAAGCUCAAUGGUAAAAAGGUGUACGAUUGUAAUGAUGCAAAUCAUGCUGUCAAUAUUAAAAACUUACUUGACUACAGUCCAUCUUACGCGAAAAAACAGCGAGUAAUGAGUUUUUUUUAUCUCCAUACAUCCAGAUCAGCGGAAGAGCGGGAAUUUGAAGUUAGUGGUACAAAUCAGUUAGCCAAAAGACGAGCAGCCUACAAUAAAGGUUUUGCCCUUCGGAAACCACUUCUGGGUACCUCAUCCACAAUUAACACUGAAAUACCUUUGAACCGAUACUCAUUCUUCGAACUGUUAGAAGAUGAGCUGUUACCCAACACAAGGGUUGAAAUGAAUUUUGAAAUUGAGACAGAUGAUAAUCUAAUUUGGCAAGCCGGAGCUAAUUGUAGGGUGGUUAUCACCAGAAUACAAUUGUAUGUUCCGCGGAUAACAUUUAACAGUGAAGGCCAAUCAUCCUAUAUGAACCAAUAUCUUAAAACGCACAAGCGGACUUAUUUGAGAGAAAAAAUUGAAAGAUCAAAUAGCAGCCGGCAGAGAGCUGGGCAUUUCAGAAUCUCAACCGGUAUCUCAAAGCCCAGACACUUUUUUGUAUUUAUAAUCAAUGAUGUAAACAUUGAUGCCCAGACGGCUAAUCCGUUCUUGUAUAAUACAUUCUCUUUCUCAACUGACCCAAGGACCUUAUCCAAUUGUCAUCUGAAAGUUGGAAAUGGAAACGAAUACCCCGAGAUUCAUUACACACCAGCUACUGAUAUGACCCGUGUUUACAGGGACGUUUUGAAAGAUCUUCACAAAAAUAAUGAAUACGAUCAAGGUUCAUUACUCAAUAAAUCUAAUUUUAGUACCCUGUUUCCCUUUUUAUAUUUUGAUUUAACAAAACAAAAAAUGGACAUUAAGGAUGGCACCACAAAACUGACAUUUAAAUAUAAGCUAUCUGGAACAACGGCAACAGCCUACUCAAUUUACGCAUUGACUCUGUAUGAGCAAGAUGUUGAAUUAAAUCCAGAAGGAUGGCAAAAUAAUACUCAGAUCAUCAAUUCAAUAUGGUUAAAGUUAUAUAACUUAUAUCAUAUAAAAGUAAUGACAAAAUAUUAUUCUUAUGGUGUGUCACUCAGCAAAGGACAAUUGGAAAAGCUUUCGCGAGCUUACAAUAAUAAUUCAGCAAUAACAAUCAAACUUGCCAGAAAUGAAUUAUCCGGUCCACAUGAAUUAAUGCUCACAAAAACUCAGAUCUAUAAAUUGAAAAAAGCAAUGAGUCAGGGUACAGGGUCGGAUAUCAAAAUAUCGAAAACACAAAUAAGAAAAGCUAUAACACAUGGUGGUAGUUUGUGGGGAUCAUUAAUCAGUUUAGGAAGUAAGUUGUUACCCAUGGCUAUGCCACUGGCUAAAAAAGCUAUUGCACCGCUUGCAACAGGUGUGUUAUCCGGCUUAACCAGUCUACGUGUGGAUAAAAUGUUCGGAAAGGGACGACAGGGAGGUUUUCUUAUUCCACAAGAUAAAAUAGCACAAUUGAUCAAAUACAAGCAUUUACUGUCCGUAGGUCAGAAAAAUGAUAUUCUCAAUCAUCUCCAAUCAGGCGGUCAAUUAGUUAUCAAACCGACGAGAACACAGCAGGGUGGGUUUUCAGGAACGCUACUAGCAAGUAUAGGAGCCCCUCUGUUGCUUAAUGCAUUGACAGGAAAGGGUCUCCAA